GGGACGGCGUACUGAGGUGACGACGUUCCCGCGGCGAGGCGGAGGUGGAGUUUAGCUGCCUGUUCUGCGUCCGAAGUCCACCGCUGACCUGUAACACUGGCGGGCGUCCUGCUGCCCCGUGUGUGUAUGUGUGUGUGUUGCGGCGACACGAGCAAGGCGAGUCAGCGGUGUGAGUGGGUGGGUGGCGCAGCGGGGCAGGGACGGGCCGCCGGGGCAGGGGAGGCGGGCAGGGCUAGGGUGCCGCGGGCCUGCAGGCGGCGGGGCAAGGACAGGGGGGGAAGGGUUGGCGAGGUGUAUCAGCGGGUAUCUUAACAGGCCGUAUCUGUGCCUCAAGUACAAUGUAUGGGCCGGCGGUCACGGCCAGUGGCGCCGCUCUGGUGGCGGGCGACGCGUGCAGUUGGGUGUCGGGGUGAUCGUCAGUCAGUUGGUGGGCCGCGUAGGUUGAGGACGCGCGCUCCAGUGUGUGAUGACCAUGUUGAGCCGCCGAGGGCCACGGUGACGCCGCGUCUCAGCUGCUCCACCUCCCGCGUCGCGACGCGCCACCUUACUGUGUGUCUUGCUGAUCAGCCUCCGCCGCCAUGACAAGUUUCUUCUCGCUGGUGAAGGAGGAACCCGACUCGGGCCACGACAUGGAAACUACGCCGGUGGCGCUCCCGCCCACCAGUGCGAGCAUGGGCGGGCACACGCCCCCCGGGGGCGGCGCGCGGCACGUGGGCAUGCCGCCGCUGCAGGCCAUGCCCCUCACGCCCAUCACGCCCACGAGCCGCCAGCCGCCGCUCCGCCGCAUGGAGAUUGACCCAAACUUUGAGCCCGUGGCGCGCUCCCGCUCCAACACGUGGCCGCUGCCGUGCCCCGAGGGCUACGUGGAGAGCGAGGAGCCCGUGCCCGUGUCCGGCGAGGGUCCGGUGCCUGUGGACCAGGUACGGCCGCCGGGCACGGUGGGCGUCCUCGGGGACCCCGCGGGGGGGCCGCCCAAGAAGAACACGUCACGGCGCAACCCCUGGGGCAACAUGUCCUAUGCAGACCUGAUCGCCCAGGCCAUCAUGUCCUCCCCCGAGGGCCGCGCCACGCUGUCCCAGAUCUACGACUGGAUGGUGCAGAACGUGCCCUACUUCAAGGACAAGGGCGACUCCAACUCCUCCGCCGGAUGGAAGGUAAAUAUAACCGUGAGAUUCUUCUGGCCAGGUGUGAUUCAGGUGUCCCGCGGCCCAGGUGAGUGUUGCCGCAUGAAUGAAUGAGUGAACAACCCACCAGAUACAUUAACAUAAAAAAAGAGAUCACUUAAAACACACAAAACAUCUAUGGUUGGUAUUUUUAAACGCUUCAGACUCUCACAUCACUAAUUUCUUCCUUGCUACAUCAUAUCAGUUAUUUCUAUUGGCCGAAAAUGAGGUCUGAUUGCGUUCUAAUGAGUGUUGCUUUCACGUUCAUGGCUUUUCAAACUACCACCGCCAGGGUCAUAAAACUACCCCCCCCCAGUGGAAAGACUCACACCACAACUCCUUCGAAAGCCUUGCCAGAUGUGUAAGAGGAUGGGUUAGUGAGAAGAGAGAGAGAAGGGAGGAAAAAGGAAGAGGAGGAGGAAGAAGUGUGUGGUUAGAGAAGAGGGAAGGGGAAUGGAGAGAAGAGGAAAGUGAGAUGAAAAGAAAGGAAGAAAAGGAAGGAAUAUAUGGUAAUGGGGAAGGAAAGGGAAGUGUGUGUGUGUGUGUGUGUGUGUGUGUGUGUGUGUGUGUGUGUGUGUGUUUGGGUGACGAAAUAGUUAAAAGUAUGGCAUUAUAUGUGUUUAAAUGCAGUACGGACUUAAGUAUACAUAUAUAAGUAUUUAACAUACAUAUAAGUUCAUUCCACACACACACACUACUUUGUUUUCCACGUGUUGUGUUUGGGGCUUUUAUACAGUGACUGGCUGACCGACUGACUGACUGACCGAUUGAGUGGCUGACUGUCAUGUGUCUGGCGGUGGCGAGCUGUCGUGUGUUAUCUCUCAGCUGAGGCGAUAACGAACGUGAUAAAAUAGAUAGUGACGAAGAAUCUCACGGUGGAGGAAGAUCUUGGAGUGGACUUACAGAGGGAGGGAGAUUGGGAGAGAAAGGGAGGGAGAUUGGGAGAAAGAGAGAGAAAGGAAGGUUGGGAGAAAGAGAGAGGAAGGAAGGUUAGGAGAGAGAGAGGUUGGGAGGUUGGAAGGGAGGGAAAGAGGAAAGAGAGGAGAAAUGGAGGUAUUGAA